AUGCAAGGCUGCGGUGUCACCUACGAAUCAGAUGAACUCUUCAAGCCGGAGACACCCAAAAUAUACGAUGCGGACGGACAAGAAAUGGGUUGCAAGAUCGACAUUCAGACCGCUAAAGAAGCGGCUUUCUACUGCCCAGCACCGUACGUCCUGGACCCACCCAACUGCUUCGACCAGGUCUCCGUGAACGGUGAAUUGAAGGACCUUAGCGAAAUAAGCAAGUCGUUGGUACCAUCUCGCACUAAUCAUUUUGUCACACUGAAGUUAAAUGGCAACCGUGUCGGACCCGGGGAAAAGCUGCGCCAGUCGCCGCCACUUGAAUGCCGCUGCGUCACCGUCAAAGGCAUCGUCCUCUCCACCAUCCAAAUCGAGAAUUACUACUCCAACGAAUGA